AUGAACUCGUCAACCGAAGAAGCACCACGAGUGGUAGCAAACAAUUCGACAUUUAAGCUACCCUAUCUCGGCACAAAUAUUCUCAAUGAUGGCGAUGUGAGAACUAAACGCUCUGAUCUUGCCUUUUAUCACGACGGAAGCGCGCCUGGCAAUGGCGGAGAUCAUGUCCAAGGACCCAUUGAGGCCGUUCAACCUGCGACGACUUUUGAAACUCUCAUUCCAGGCUUGAAGACAGACUCCUGUACCAGCCACAACAUCAUACCCCCGUACAUGACUCAGGACGAAGCAUUGUUGGCGCAGCAUCUCUACGAAGGCGGAUACACACUGAAUGAUGGUGACGUUUCUCGAUUCCUUCGAGACAGUCGGCGCCUGCGCCAUGGACUGGAAACCGCUCAACAGUUCAUCGAUAGUCACAGCCUGUUGGACCAUCGAGCUUUUCGAACUACUGGAAGUAGCCUGGCAAACAUCUCCUCCAGUUCGACCACUCUCAACCGACUGCGCGUCGCCGAUGCCUCAACUUCUGGUAGUCAUUACUCAAACGAUGACGACGAACCGGCUCGAAUCAGGAGCCAGCCUGCGCGCCGAGUUCUUCAGCUCCUAGGCGGCACCAGCAACAUCUCCGAGUAUUCCAGCUUGGAGAAUUGUCGGGCGGUCUUGGUCUGCAAUGAGGCGCCCAUCAGCGUCGACGAGCGGGUCGUCCAGCGUACAGCUGGCACCCUGCUGUUGGUGUUUGGUGUGGUGGCAUACCUGCCGGGCGGGUGGAUGUUGAUCCACUCGAUGGGAGAGGGAGGCCCUCUGGCCACGACGGCUGUGGCAGAGUUGACGCGGGUUCUGGUGGGGAGAGAGGAGGGCGUUGUCUGCUGUGUGCAUCCAACGGAUGCCGCCAUGGCGCGAGCCAUUGAGAGAGCGGUGGUGGUGUUACUGGUGGCGGGAGCCUUUUCUUGGUUGGCCGUGGCCGCGUGGGCGGCAACAACAUGGUAA